CAGUGUGGGGUAGCAGGCUCUGCUCACAUGGGCUGGUGCUGCACUUGUAGAGCGACACUUCUCUGGUCUCACAGUGCAGAGGAUUCCUGGAGGUCACCGGCAGUGUUCACCACUAGGUAGGAGCUCAGGAGCCAGAGGACAAUUGACUUGGAUCACUGUUUAGUUCGUCAAUCAAGAGAAAAUGGGAAGGAAAUCCUAUGUGUGGUCAUGGAGAGCAUUCGGACAACUCGCCAGUGUUCUCUGUCUGUCCAUGCUGGUAUGUGGGGAGAAGCCAUGAGGUUUCACAUAAUUGAUGAGAAAAACCACAAAGGGCGCGACAAAGCUAUUGUAUUUCCCGCGCACACAACCAUAGCGUUUAGUAGCUUUGAUCUGUACAUUCAUCUGGAUGGUCACUUUGAGCUUUGUGUCUCAUCUGCUUCAAAAGGAGGAUUUGAGAAGGAGCCCAGUAGAUCGUUUUCAUUAAACGCUAUACGGAACACCCUGUACCGAACAGGCAUCUUAUUCACCGGAAAAAGAACAAUGGAUAUCAUUGCUAACGCAGAUUCUUACAUGGAUGACAUCUUUUCCGAUUACUAUGACAAGGCUGCUAGCAUGACUGACAUUUCUACUACAUACAUGCGAGAAGGCGCUCACACUCGUGUUAACCUCCUGACCAAUAACAUUUCCAAGGGACCCUGCGCUCUGUGUGGGAUGGGAAACUCCAAAAGAGAGACUGUAUAUGGCUGCUUCGAGUGCUCGUCCAAUGGCCAGAAGUACGUCAGGCUGCAUGCUGUACCUUGCUUCGACCUGUGGCACAAAAGACUGAAGUGAUCAUUGUACGUGACACGUUUGUGCCCCUAUGUCGAUUCUCAGGUGAACCUGUGCCACAGCUCCCGUCACAUAUAUGCAAAAAGUACUCCUUCGACUACUGAACCAUGCAAGGUGCUCUGUGACUAUACUGUUUAAUGGUCAAUGAUUCAGACGGCCAAUAAGCAAACAGUGUCAAAUGGACUUAUAAACUACUAAUCACAAAAAAUAAGAAGUAGACAAUGCCAGCGUUUCGAUGCAGAACAAAAUCCUAAAUGGUAAAAGGAACCUCCUAUCGAGGGCAUAGUUAUGGAGGUAGCAGAGGUAGCGGUCGCACCGGGGCCCUGGUUCCUCAGGAGGCCCCAAAGCACAUCUGUCCCAUUAGAGACCAGUAAUAUAUUUGGCAUAUGGGGCCCUGUUGCAGAUUUUGCAUCGGGGCCCAGAAGCUACAAGCUACGCCUCUGCCUCCCAUUGUAUUCAUACAUUAGGGAGACUCCAUGAGUUGAUCUUGCUAGUUGGCAUUAGAAGCAGACCUGGCCACGAGAGGUGGUCUCCUUCUGUAUGCCAGUGCUGGUUGUGUGUAUUAGUUUUGUCCCUAUAGAUGGUCAUCAGUUUAUUUUUUAUUUUUUUGUACAUUGCAGUGAAAUUAAAG